AGCGGGCCGCCUCCGCGGCGCGGGGCCUGGCGGCGGCGGCGAGGCGGCUGCCGGCACCACCGGUGAUAAAAUAAAAAAGAAGCAAAAUGGGAAACCCAGAAAACAUUGGAGAUGCAUAUGUUGCUGUGAUUCGUCCGAAAAAUACUGCUAGUCUGAAUUCUCGGGAAUAUCGAGCUAAAUCAUAUGAAAUUUUGUUGCUCGAAGUUCCCAUUGAAGGUCAAAAGAAAAAAAGAAAGAAAGUUUUGUUGGAAACUAAACUGCAGGGAGGCAUUGAGAUAACCCAGAGCAUCUUGGAUUAUGUAUUAGAAGCCACCAAACCAAUAUCACCAGCCAAUCAGGGUAUCAAAGGAAAGCGAGUAGUGUUAAUGAAGAAGUUUCCUCUUGAUGGAGAAAAGGCAGGCCAGGAGGCAUCACUUUACAUUGUUCCGACUGUUGUCAAAGAUAAUACAAAAUAUGCAUACAGCCCUGGAUGCCCUGUGUUCUACUGUUUACAAGACAUUAUGAGGGUCUGCAGUGAAUCCAGCACCCAUUUUGCUACGCUUACUGCAAGAAUGUUAAUUGCCUUGGAUAAGUGGUUGGAUGAACGCCAUACUCAGUCUCAUUCCAUCCCUGCUUUAUUCAGACCAUCUCCUCUUGAGAGAAUUAAAACAAAUGUAAUAAACCCUGCCUAUGCUAUAGAACCUGGUCAAACAGAGAGCUCAUUACACAUGGGUUACACUGCCCUAGAAAUAAAGAGUAAAAUGUUGGCAUUGGAGAAGGCUGAUGUGUGUAUUUAUAAUCCUUUGUUUGGGUCUGACCUUCAGUAUACCAAUAGGGUUGACAAAGUCGUGAUAAAUCCAUACUUCGGCCUUGGAGCCCCAGACUAUUCAAAGAUUCAGAUUCCGAAAAGAGAAAAGUGGCAACGUAGCAUGAGCAGUGUCACCGAGGACAAGGAGCACCAGUGGGUAGAUGAUUUCCCUCUUCAUCGCAGUGCUUGUGAGGGCGAUUCUGAUUUACUGAGCCACCUUCUGGAUAAAAAGUUUUCUGUUAAUCAGUUAGAUAGUGACCAUUGGGCACCUAUUCAUUAUGCAUGCUGGUAUGGAAAAGUUGAAGCCACUCGAAUGCUGUUGGAGAAAGGGAAAUGCAAUCCCAACCUUUUGAAUGGACAGCUUAGCUCUCCUCUUCAUUUUGCUGCUGGAGGGGGACAUGCUGAAAUAGUGCAAAUUCUACUAAAUCAUCCAGAAAUUGACAGGCACAUUACUGAUCAACAAGGAAGAUCUCCACUGAAUGUCUGUGAAGAAAACAAACAAAAUGAAUGGGAAGAAACUGCAAAACUGCUGAAGGAAGCCAUGAAUAAACCUUAUGAAAAGGCAAGAAUUUAUCGUAUGGAUGGGUCAUAUCGCUCUGUUGAGUUGAAGCAUGGAAACAAUACAACUGUACAGCAGAUAAUGGAGGGAAUGCGUUUAUCUCAAGAAACUCAGCAGUACUUCACUAUCUGGAUCUGUUCUGAGAACCUCAGCCUCCAACUGAAACCGUAUCACAAGCCUUUGCAGCAUAUUCGAGACUGGCCUGAAAUAUUCACUGAACUGACAAACUUGGAUCCUCAAAGGGAAACUUCACAGCUUUUCCUGAGAAGAGAUGUGAGACUUCCAUUGGAAAUUGAAAAAAAGAUUGAGGAUCCAUUGGCUAUUCUUAUCCUAUUUGAUGAAGCCAGAUAUAAUUUGCUGAAAGGUUUCUACACCUCGCCUGAUGCCAAGCUCAUCACACUGGCAAGUCUGCUGUUGCAAAUAGUCUAUGGAAAUUACGAGAGCAAGAAACAUAAGCAGGGCUUUCUAAAUGAAGAAAAUCUUAAAUCUAUAGUACCAAUCACUAAACUAAAAAGUAAAGCUCCUCAUUGGACAAACAGGAUACUUCACGAAUACAAGAAUCUUAGCACCAGUGAAGGUGUAAGUAAAGAGAUGCAUCAUCUUCAGCGCAUGUUUUUGCAGAAUUGCUGGGAAAUUCCUACUUACGGAGCAGCCUUUUUCACAGGACAGAUAUUCACCAAAGCAAGUUCAAGUAGCCAUAAAGUCAUCAAAGUCUAUGUAGGAGUAAAUGUAAAAGGGUUGCACCUCCUCAACAUGGAAACCAAGGCCUUACUCCUCAGUCUAAAGUACGGUUGCUUUAUGUGGCAGUUGGGAGAUGGAGAUACAUGUUUUCAAAUCCACAGUCUGGAAAACAAAAUGAGCUUUAUUGUGCAUACCAAACAGGCAGGUCUCGUUGUAAAACUUCUGAUGAAAUUAAAUGGCCAGUUAAUGCCUAGUGAAAGAAAUGAAUAAUGGAGAUGGACAAUAGUUAUGGAACAGCAUCUUAUGGUUAAGGAAAAAUAACUUUAUUCUUGUCAUAACAGAAAACAUUCAUAUACGUGAAUUUUACAGAAUGGAAAAGUAAACUUGUACAGUUUUUUUAACUUUGUACAGAAGCUGCAUGGUUUAUUUUUUUUAAAAAAAAGUAUACAACAUUAUUUUUAUAGAUAUAUUUUGUUUCAUAUAUAAGCUAUUGUAGGGCUUGAGCUCAACCAGUAAAGCUGAUGAAAUGGAAUUGUUUACCAUUUUGAGUGAGAAUAAAACAAGUAAGACUUUGUUCUUAGGGGAUUAUGGGAUUACCAGUGCCAUCAAGCAAGUCUCACUUAACCUAUUACUAACUUUUCAUGUCAUUCUAUGGAAUAUCAAGGAGAUUGUAUAUGUUACAGUAUUUUCUAGACAAACUUUAUUUUUAAGAUACUGCUGAUAAGUAUGGUUAGAAGACCAGUUAGUCCUUUGAGUAACUACUUUUGAUAAACUAUAUUUUUAAUUGGUUUCUAAUAAACCUGAUAGCUGAGUUUAUUUUUACUCGUAUCUUUAUCAUACUGAAAAUUUUGUACUCAUAUUUAUUCUAAAAUAUUGCAUGAGGAUAUCAAAAGGGAUAUACUUUAAAUCAUUCAGAAGCCUUAUUAAAUGUUUAGCAUGCUUGUUUUAAAAUAACACGAUUUCUGUGUUUGCUGUGCAAUAUAAAACAUUUGUAUGUGAAGAAGGGGAGGAUAUAGAUUUACAAAUAAAUCUUAUUCAGAAAGCUUAAUAAGUCUUAUCCUGGAUUGCAGCACAUAGCAAGUAAAAUUCAUGUAGCAGAUGGUAAGUUACUUCUGCAAAAAUAAUUUUCCUAAAUAUUAAAUAUUACUUAUUUACAUUAUCCCACUUAUUUAAGAUACUCCAGACAGUACAGGAUACAGGAAUAAAGACUUAUAACUCAAGGAAGUCAAAAACAGUUUAUAAGCUUUCUACUUGGUCUUUGCAGAGUCAGGAUUGUGUCUUAACAAAUUGCAUCCUAAGUAGGACCAUCAUUUUAUUUCCAUUUUUUAGGUCUUUAAAGUGUCUGAAAAGAUUUGCAUGCUGAUUCUGACUUGCUUUUAGGCAACUCUUAAUCCGUUCCUAAAAAGAUACAUUUUCUUAGUAUGCCUAACUAAAAGGAAAGUAAUGCAAUAGGAAGCUUAAAAAAUGUCAUAAUUUUUCCCCCCACCAAAGGAUGGUAUGAACUGUCUCUGUGGAGUUUGAAACAUAUGCUUGUACCUUAAAAUUACUAUCCAAAUCUUUAAAACUCUGAUUGUAUUUCAAAGUUUUAACUCCAUUAGACUCUUCCUUCCAUGUAAACUGCAUGCUAAAAGUGUGCAAUGUUUUGUAGAAAAAUAUUAGCACUUGCCUCUAAGCCUUCAAAUAAAAGUUAGACAAGUGUUAGGAACUGUGCUGUUUUGUAGUAUGUUAAUGUUUGCAUUUAAACUUCUCAAAUAAUAAGUACAAUUUAAGAAAUUUAUACUAGUGUUUUUUUUUAAUGAACUGGAAACUAUUUGUGAUCUUAGCAAGCUGUACUUUGCUACUUAAAUUUCAUUGGUCUUUAAUUAACAGUAAAUCUCCAUGGAUUAUCCUUUUUUACUGGUAGUAAAUACAGCAGUUAUGUCCUUCAUAGUGCAUCCUUGCUGCCACUUGGCACUGGUAUCAGAAACACACUUCUCUGCAAAGCACUUUGUUAGAAAACUAGAGGGAAAAUGUUGAAAUGUGUUGCUGUCACAGUUGCAUGUUUAACAACAGUAUUAAUAUGCCUUAUUGCUGUAUAAUUCUUUCUGCUAAUAUUCUUAUUUAUUACUACCUAAUAAAU